CGUUCCCCUUUCUCUCACACGGUACUUCCUGAUAUCAUGUUCCGCCUCUGAUUGUGUCAUGCAACGGGGCAUUUGCGUUCAAAACAAGCCUAAUAAAGGUUUUUCCAGCUUUCUUCCCCAUUUAUCCUCAAGAAGUUGAAGAAUCGACAUUUUUAGACGGGGAAUAACCGUGGCAAACAAAAUGGACUACAUGAGUGCCUUAGAGGUGUAUAAGGAGUUUUUACUGCUCUACACAGAGGAGGCGCGCCGCUAUGUGAACUCUCAGUGUGCUGGUCUGGAGCCAUGGCAGAUCAUUGCUGCCACUUUGCUGUCCACCCUCGGUGCAAUGUGGCUAAAAGGCUUCCUUUUCCAACAGGAGAGUCUGAUAUCAAGAGUAAAGAAGCAAUUCUUCAAACUCAUCAGAAAAAUCCCAUUUGUCGGAGCAUCAAUUCAGAGUCAGCUCAACAAAGCAUUGGAUGACAUGUCACUGAGUCUCUGCACACUGAAGGAAGGCAUGAGCUACACAAAACAACUUCCAGCACAAGGCCUCACACACAAACAGCUCCUUGACAAGAUCAGAGAGUAUGAGACACUGAGUGAAGUAGACUGGGCUAAAGGCAAGGUGUCAGGUGCAGUCUACUGGGGAGAUGAGAAGCUCACAGAUCUCCUAGUGAAGGUGUAUGGUGAUUUUGCCUGGACCAACCCUCUGCAUCCAGACCUAUUCCCUGGGGUUAGGAAAAUGGAGGCAGAAGUGGUGCGGAUGACGUGUGCUCUCUUUAACGGAGGAACAAACUCCUGCGGCACAGUUACUUCGGGUGGAACUGAAAGCAUCCUGAUGGCAUGCAAGGCGUACAGAGACAUGGCCCAUGAGCGUGGGAUCAAACACCCAGAGAUCAUUGCACCAGUGAGUGUCCAUGCAGCGUUCGACAAAGCAGCACAUUAUUUUGGGAUGAAGCUUAUUCACAUAGCUCUGGACAAGAAGACCAUGAAAGUCGAUGUGAAAGCCAUGAAAAGGGCCAUCUCUAAGAACACCGCAAUGCUGGUGUGUUCAGCUCCUCAAUUUCCUCAUGGAAUUAUGGACCCUGUAGGAGAAGUCGCAAAGCUGGCAGUAAAAUACAACAUCCCUUUCCAUGUGGAUGCUUGUUUGGGUGGGUUUCUAAUAGUUUUUAUGCAAAAGGCUGGUUACAAACUCGAUCCUUUUGAUUUCCGGGUUAAAGGUGUGACCAGUAUCUCAGCUGAUACGCACAAGUAUGGCUAUGCCCCAAAAGGCUCCUCAGUGGUGCUCUACAGUGACAGGAAAUAUCGCCACUAUCAGUAUUUUGUUGCACCUGAUUGGCAGGGAGGAAUUUAUGCAUCUCCAUCCAUGGCUGGCUCUCGCCCUGGGGGAAUCAUUGCUGCCUGUUGGGCCACUAUGAUGCACAUGGGUGAGAACGGAUACGUUGAGGCCACCAAGAAAAUCAUUGAGACGGCCCGCAAAAUCAAAACAGGAAUCCAUAAAGUGGAGGGGGUUUUUGUGUUUGGAGAUCCAGAGGUGUCCGUGGUGGCAAUAGGCUCUGAUGUCUUUGAUAUCUUCCGCUUAUCCAAUGCACUGACAUCAAAGGGCUGGAAUCUCAACACUCUGCAGUUCCCAUCUAGCAUACAUAUUUGUGUAACAAUGCUUCAUACGCAGCGUGGUGUAGCUGAACAGUUCAUCAAUGAUGUGAAGAAAGAAGUAGCUAUUAUCAUGAAGAAUCCAAAUGAGAAGACCACUGGAAUGGGAGCCAUCUAUGGCAUGGCCCAGUCUAUUCCUGACCGAUCGAUGGUGACCGAAGUCUCACAAGGCUUUUUGGACUGCCUCUAUAGCACUGAGGUGCCCAAGAUGCAAAGCAAGACCCACAAAAAUCAUAAGAACCACGUGAAUGGCAACUCCAAAGUGCACUGAGAUUGACUGUCAUAGUUUCCACCCUUAGCUGGCUGAAGGGAUGUUCACCACAAUCAUCUAAUUGUUCAUUUACUUGUUUUGUCCAUUCAGUCGCCUAUUUACAACUAGUAUAAACCAUCCUAGUCACCUGAUAUUUUGGCAUUUGUGACAGAGGACCAUCCUUAUUCCUCUCUAUAGUACUUAAAACUAUAAAGGGAGCUGCACAAGUAUCUGUGUGAGUCUGUGAAGGUUCUAGGACAUCUUAGUCUAAUUUUAUUUUUGUGACCACUGACUGCAGUUUUACUAUUGUUUAAUUUCUUCAGUUUAUCCUUUUAAUGACAGGUCUUCACCAUAUGUAAUUUAUCACACUCCCACCAUUCUGUUUGAAGAAGUAUUUUCUUACGCUUAAAUCUCAGGAUACCAUUAUCAAAAUGAUUUUACAUCUGGUGAAUUUGUUUCCCACAAACUAUAUUGACUGUUUCCAGGAAUUAAAAAUUGCAGAUUUGGAUAAAAUCCAAAAUAAUAUCAGCAUGGACUAAAGCCAAUAUUCCCAUCAUCUCCUUGUCAAAAGGGACUUGAAAAACACAACAUACUGUUUUAGGAUUGUAUUACUGCUACUGCUCAGGGGAACCAGUAUUGCUAAUGUUUUAGGUUUAUUUACUGUAUGUUUAAUUCCCAAGAACAAGCAUAGACUCAUUGCAUAGACUACAAGCAUAGUCUUACUUCAGAAACAGUAUCUCACUGAUUUUAAAUUACUUGUGGCAAAUUAUAUCAAAGCACAACUUCACAAAUUUGUCAAGUGUUUGCUUCAGGCUCUGUAGUUCAACCACAUUUCCUUGUUCUACACUUGACAAUUUCCCAUCAAUUAGGUAUUUUUGUAAAUAAUGUACUUUCACCCUAUCUACCGCAGAUUUUGUUCAAACAAUUGUACUUUUAAUUAUUGAUUGCUUCCCCUUUUUGGUCUUGAGAAUUGUCACUUAAGUGGAUGAUGUGUUCCUUAGUUUGGUCAUCAGUCAAUGCCAUGCUCUAGGUUAUGGUGCUCACUGAUAAUGGUUUUCAAGGAAUAUGAGUCAGAGACCCUGCCUACCUUGAUUCAUGAAUCUCAUAUGAUGAUGUUGUGUUGUAUUUGAUUGGGAUCUUUUUUCCAGUUCAAAUCGUCCAAAUGACAGCUAAGGCCUGGAACAGCAAGAAGGGAAAUAUAUUUUGCAUGAAGGGGGAGUCUGUGAUAUGAGAAAGUGAUGACAUGGUACCAUGGAAACAUCACACCAGAUCUUGUCAGCAAUGUAAUCCCUCAAUGUAAGCACUCAUAAUAUUUGUGACCACUGUGUGUGUUUUUAUAUUGUAAAUCGCUAAUAUAUAACUAAUGUCUCAUAUAUUUCAUGUCUGGUUUAUUUGUAACUUGUUUUUUCCCCCCAUUAUGUUUAAACAGUUUUGAGGGCUUCAGUGGUGUGGGGGCAAUAAAAUGUCCAGGGCCGUUUUGUAUGAUACCACUGUAGUACAAUGUACUUUAAAAACAGUAACAUGCUUUAGGCUUAGACACAGAUGUGGGUAUUUGCCAAACAAUUGCCCCUCUAGCUAAAUUAAAGCAUAAAUGUCUUCAUACAAUACCUCUGUUUUUACUGUAACUACCUGAAACUGAGGCACCUUGAUGUCCUGAACUUUUAAAACAUUGCACGACCUUUACAGUUAUGGUUGUAUAAAGCACAAAAUCAACAGCAUUCACCUACAUGCCUUCCACAGAUGGUCAGGGUGUGUGCUAUUAGGUUAACAAGUAGCUACAUCAGCCUCAGGGACUAGGCCUUUUCCACAUCAUGCAAUCCAUUUCAGUUUUGUCCUGUUUUUGUGUUUGUUGUUCCAAUAUAAAUCAAUAAAGGUUUAC